CAAUGGCAUGUCCGAAAUUAAUCGCCUUUUUCGAAUAAAAAUUUCUCAAGACAGAUGCUUCUGAUGAGAGUUUGAACGGUCGUGUAAUAAAGUCACCAACUUUAAACAAUUGUCCUGGCAGAAAAAAAAAACUUUCUUUUUCUCAUUGGGCUUCUGGAGAAUGGAGAAACAGUCGCUACCGAAGAAGAAGCCUCGUCGUCAUCUCGGAGAAUCUCAGUCCAUCGUUCCUCCGGUCACCGAUAAUCACUUUCUCCGAUGCGCCGACUUGAUCCUCCCGUGGCUAGACCCUCGAGAGCUCGCCUCCGUCUCUCAAACCUGCAAAGCCCUAUCCUUUAUCUCCAGAUCCCUCACUCUCCUUCGAUCCCUCGACGCCGCACGUUCCCUCGAGCCCCUCCCCGUCCCCUUCCUCAACGCCGUCGACUCCAAACGCUACGCCGACUUCCUCUACACGCCUUUCCAGAUCCCCGCCACCUCUCCACUUCCUCCGCGCCACUGGUGGGGAUCAAAGUCGAGAACUUUUAUUGAUUCGGUGAACGGACGAUUUGAGGUGAGUAGUCUAGUGGAUAGUGAUAGUAUGUAUGGAUGCGAGUGCGAGAGAUGCGAGGAAGGAUACUGCGAGUGCUUAGCAGGCACUGAGGAGAUAGCUAAUGAAUGUGGAUCGGGUUGUGGAUGCGGGUCGGAUUGUCCAAACCGGGUCACUCAAAAAGGUAUCUCGGUUCGUCUGAAGGUUGUAAGAGACGAGAAGAAAGGUUGGUGCUUGUGCUCUGAUCAGCUCAUCAAGAAAGGCCAGUUCAUCUGCGAAUACGCAGGUGAGCUGUUGACAACAGCUGAAGCACGCAGACGUCAAACCAUCUACGACAAACUCAGGUCGUCAACGGAGCGAUCCUUCUCUUCGGCUCUUCUAGUCAUACGCGAGCAUCUACCUUCGGGGCGAGCUUGCUUGAGAUUAAACAUCGACGCCACGAGUAUAGGGAACGUUGCUAGGUUCAUUAACCAUUCUUGCGACGGAGGAAACCUUUCGACUGUAUUACUGAGAAGCGCGGGGGCUUUGCUUCCUCGCCUCUGUUUCUUUGCAGCGAGGGAUGUUGUUGCUGGUGAGGAGUUGAGUUUCAGUUACGGAGAUGUACGUCUCGCUGCUCCCGGGAAGAGCGCGGGGGACAACGAGUUGAGUUGCUCUUGUGGUAGUUCAUGCUGUUUUGGAACAUUGCCUUCUGAGAACACCUGAUCUUAUGUUUAUGUCUAAAUUCAACGAUACAUUUUGACAAAUUAUUGGUUCUUGAGUAAGUACUAAUGUACUCUAUUAACAGCUUUGA